UACAUCACAAUCUCAUUAUAUGGCUUUGAAUCAGCAAUGUUUCCUGCAGUGGACCAGAAAGAAUUUUUAUUUUGCCUUAAAAGUCUGUUUUGAGAGCUUCAUUGUGGAUUUUCCAAGCUCGGAUAAAUAAAAUAUUACUCGAGAUAAUUUUCAAACUUCUAUUUUCUUCAUGUUGCUGUUUUUAUGAACUUUUUGGGACAUCGCCAGAAAACUGAAAGACAGAUAGAGAUAAGCUGCUACAGUAUCACAGUAUCAACGAUGAUGAGGAAAUUGUGGUUUUACCAGCGGUUUAUUCAUACUGAGCGUCAGGGAACUGACAAGCUUUCACCAGCUGUAAAAGUUCUGCUGUGUAUUAUUACUGUGAAGCAUUGUCUUGCUUCACAAUAGCUGCGAGGACACGAAGUGAAGGUGUGAACGUAAACAAAUACCAGCGAUGAGAAUAUGCUACAGCCUUGACUUACAAAUUGUGUGUGUGUGUGUGUGUGUGUGUGUGUGUGUGUGUGUGUGUGUGUGUGUGUGUGUGUUUGUGUGUGUGUGUGUGUGCGUGUGUGUGUAUGUGUGUGUGUGGAUGCUUGUGGGUGUGUAUGUAUUAAUCCGACCUGUCUACAGUUUGUUUAUCAGAGGCAUUCAUCACAUGUUACUGAUGGGUGUGUCACGUCAGUCUAUUGAGAGCUCAAAUGUGAAAUGUUGCCAUCUGUAAUUGUUUCUCACAGGAUUAUUAUUAUUAUCCAAUGACUGAGGCCGUACAUGUGACACUCCAACAAUCUGCAGGAUCACAUGACUGCAGGUGUAUGCUUUAGUUUACUGUGGGGCUCCUCACAUUUUCUCAUUAGCCAAGAAAAAUCCUCACAUACAUUGUCUGCUCCCCGGUGAGCUGCUGUCACUCUGGCUCAGAGGUGGAUGAAGUCAGUGCUUUCGCUGACUGGUAGGAAAGAGAUGAGGGCUGCGUUCAUGCUGUCCCUGCAACAUUGUAGAAGUCACACAUCACAGACUGUCAGGGGAAACGGGACACACCAUAACCGGGCCACUUGUUGAAAAUCUAUAAACAGCUCUAAAGUCAACCAUGCUCCGUUGUAUACUUACUAAAAGGGUGGUGUGGACGUCAUUUGGAAAAUCCAGGGCACACACUCCCCCUAUCACUGAAUUGUGCACAUUGUCUCUCAACUGAGAUUUACCAUCACCCACCUCUAUUUUCUUAAAAUGACAAAUGAGAAACUGUAGUGUUAACAUGAAGGGGCCUGUCUUGUUCCAACAGGUGUGGAUUGUUAGAGCAGUAGUGGCCACUAAUGCUCAAAGUGGAGAUAUCGUAUUACAGAAAGCCCAUUGAUAACUUUUUCAGCCCACUGCCUCACACACCAGUAAGUGAAGAACAACUCAGUGGCUGCAUAGUUACAUCAGAUUCUUUGUACUGGUUGAAAAAGGCUCUAAAGUAGUAUUGGAUUUCCAGUGUAAAUACAUUGAUUGGUUAUAUUGUUAUUGCGGGGCAAAAAAGGCCUUUCCAGGUGAGUGAAAAGCAUAAUAACGGCUUCGUGGAUAUAGUGGUCCAUCGUUUCCUGUACGCACAUCCUCCCGCUGCAUCCGCCUCCCAGUCAAUCAGUGAACACUGUUAUCAGUCUUUGAUUUUUAGGCCACAUCACUCGCACACCAAACUUUUGGUAUAAAAGGGCUCAGAAUCACCAGACUUGCACCAGAAGCAUCACUCCUCUUGAAUCUGUUGUGAACGCAUCUCAUCUUCACAGGUAAAGUCACUUUGUCAUUUUCAAUUGUUAUUAUAAAUCAUAAAUUAUUACCAAAAAUCUGUUCUUUGUUUUUCUGUACACAGACAUGUCAGGUAAAGUUAUUGUGGUGUUUGCACUGCUGGUUGCAUUGCUCGUAUCUGGUGCAGCCUCCUCACCUGAGUCCUCUGCAUCUGGAGAUGCCAAAGAGAGAAACACGCUACAGCGGCUUCUGGCCAAGAGGGAGACGGUGAGAGACACGGCUCGUAGACAGGGGCUGGCUCCUCAGACUCACUCGUCACGGAUGGAGAGACGGGCACACCUGUCGGAAGACGAAAGAGAGAUAAUGACCAAGCAAAUAAUGCAAGCAAUUUCAGAGGUGAUGAACUCUGAGUGCAUGUCAGAUCGAGACUACCAGGGCUGGGUGGACUUCGGACGCCGGGACGCUGAAUGAGACACAACAGUGAAAACAACAAGCUUAGAGCUCAUGCUGCUUUUUGUUCAUAUUUUAUAUUCAGGAAAUGUUUUACUGUCCUUGCAACUUCAUAAAUAAACUAUUUGGCAGAAUUAUUACGGUCGUUUUAUCUGUUGGUUCCUUUCUUGUCCAGAGAAAUAGAGACAUACAGAAAUGUACUGGAUGAAAAUGCAAAGUUUUAUUCACAGGUGGUACAAUUUAUACACAUACAUAUACAGCUGUGAUGCUAACAGACACUAUAGCAAACAGUAGUGCAGAGAAACAGUGGUUUGGUUGAUUUAAGUCAAAACACAACUUAUUAUUAUAACCUGUGUUUAUGAUUUCUUCCCUUUUUAAUCCACGGUAUCCUAUGCCUUUUAGCUACAGGUGAUUGAAGUAACAUGCCGUUUAAAUAAUUAUGACCUCUCUUCUACUUGUAUUUCUUUAACUAAGGAUUCCCCUUAACACCAUGGAGAAUUCACUUUGAAUGCCUGACACGAUUUUGAUUUCAUUUAUAUCCCAGCAGUUUCAAAAUUCCUGAUGACAUGAAAUACAGCAGAUUUGUACAAGCAAGGUUUUCAAUCAACGCGAACAGCAAAUACACAUAUAUUGCUUCUAAGAAUCCCAUUCACUGUCUUUGAUGCAGCAAGGCAAACCUGAUUAGUUUAUUUAUUCAUUUUUUUGGUGAGGUUUGGCUCAGGAUAAUAAUAAUAAGUCGACAAAGUCAGACAUUUCAACAGCUCAGGGGUGAUGCUGUACGUAGCCCAACCACACAUGAAAGCAGGUGAUGAAGUGUGGGGGAGACAGCUAAACGAACAUGUCAACAUUAUUUAGUUCAGUCAGUAUAUAAUCUGUCCCAGUGUGGAGCAGAUGUCAUCGCAGUGCUUCUUGAUCAAUGUUUCCUUCCAGUAUAUUUGACAAUCUUAGAUAUAGCAUGCUUUUCUCAAUGUAGCAGCUGAUAAGCAGGAAGAUCAGAGUGUAUUUUAGUGCAUUUGAAAUAUCUUCAGUGUGACAGCAUUGGUUUGGUUUGUGGUUUUAACUAAUACUAAUUUACUGCACGUGGUCUUUUUUAUUAAUUCUCCCGAAUGACAAUGUUGUUAUUAAUACAUAACUUGAUUUUUCACUUUGGAAACUAAAAAAAAAUGACAAGUGAUGAGGUUUUUUUUUUUUUUUUU